CCCACUCAGAAAGCCUCUGUUAGCUUGAUGUGCUCUCUGGUGUCCUCAAUUCACCAAUUUAAUCGAACUUUACCUGUUUCAUGUGCUGACUUUUGCAUUUUUCUAGAGCCUCUGUGCUUUAAAUUCACGUCAAGAUUCUCAGGACAGCGACGUUUUUCCCGCACCUCUUUGGAGCAACAGUCAAAUUAAGCCAUGCGUCUGCCUUCACCUAUGCUGCUGCUCCUCGCCCUGCUCCUGUGGGGUCCCUCAUCGUGGGCGGGGAAAGUCAUCGUGGUCCCUCCCAUCAUGUUUGAGUCGCACCUGUACAUAUUCAAGACUUUAGCCACGGCUCUGCACCAGGAGGGCCACGAGACCCACUUCCUGGUAUCAGAGGGUCGAGAGAUCCCACCUUCUCCUCACUACCAUUUACAGCGCUACCCAGGGAUUUUUAACAGCAGCACUGCAGACUCUUUCCUCCAGUCCAAAGUCAACAACAUCUUCUCAGGCCGCUUGACUUUCCUGGAGCUCUUUGACAUCCUGGAUCACUACUCUCAGAACUGUGACGCGGUGGUGGGCAGCGUGGAGGUCAUGACACGCCUCAAAGAAGCCCAGUUUGACCUCCUGCUGGUGGACCCCAAUGAAAUGUGCGGGUUUGUGAUUGCACACAUUCUGGGCGUGCAGUAUGCUGUGUUUGGGACAGGCCUGUGGUAUCCAGCUGAAGCGGGCGCCCCAGCUCCUCUCUCCUAUGUCCCAGAAUUCAACUCUCUGCUGACAGACCGCAUGACACUACUGGAGCGCAUCGCCAACACAGCCGUUUACCUCGUACAGCGAAUCGGGGUGCAGUACAUAGCUCUUCCAAAGUACGACCGCAUCAUGCAGAAAUACGGCGUGCAGCCUCAGGUUGCCAUGAGCGACCUGGUGCAGGGCAGUCGCCUGUGGAUGCUGUGCACUGACCUGGCUCUGGAGUUCCCCCGGCCCACUCUCCCUCAUGUGGUCUACAUCGGGGGCAUCCUCACCAAGCCCCCCAGCCCCCUGCCCGAGGAUUUUGAGGCCUGGGUGAAUGACACAGCGGAGCACGGCUUUGUGGUGGUGUCCUUUGGAGCUGGGGUGAAGUACCUUUCCCAUGACAUCGCACACAAACUGGCUGGAGCUCUGGCCCGACUGCCCCAGCGCGUCGUCUGGAGAUUCUCUGGAGUUCCACCUCGUAACCUUGGCAACAACACCAAGCUGGUGGACUGGAUGCCUCAGAAUGACCUUUUAGGCCAUGCCAACACCAGAGCGUUCCUGAGUCACGGUGGUCUCAACAGUAUUUACGAGGCCAUGUACCACGGGGUCCCUGUAGUGGGGGUCCCUCUGUUUGGAGACCACUACGACACCAUGACGCGAGUAGCUGCUAAAGGAAUGGGCAUCAUGCUGCACUGGAAAUCAAUGAGUGAAGACGACCUGUACACCGCUCUCACAAGUGUCAUUAAAGACUCCAAGUACCGCGAGCAGGCGCACCUCCUCUCCACCAUUCACAAGGACCAGCCAGGUCACCCUGUCACCCGGGCUGUUUACUGGAUCUGCUACAUCCUGCGUCACAAUGGGGCCAGUCACCUGCGCGCUGCUGUAUAUGACGUGUCCGUGUACCAGUACUUCCUCUUAGACGUGGUCUUCACUGUGGCCGCCGCGGGGACACUGCUCGUCUUUGCACUGUCUCGAAUAAGCCGAGUCCUGAGGGGCAAAACCACACACGUGAAGAGGAGAGGAGCUGCUACCAGUGGAGAGGGGAGUCAGAUGAAUGGACACUGCCACAGUGAAACGCUGGUCAACGGCAAACACAAACGUAAUGGUUCCAUAAAAAGUGAAAAGAAGAGCAAUUAAUACUUCAGUCGGCCACAAGGAGCAGGAGGACGUGGCCCAAAGACACUGCUCUAGCGUCGCUUUAAUGGUUUGCAAAAAGUUUGAAGACAAAGCUGCAGUUCAAAGUUCUGCGUCAAAAGGCCUCCUCCUAAAUGUUAUCGUGUAGGACGCAGUGCAUUGUGAGGUCUGUGUGGAUGUGUGAGUGAGACAAAAUAAACCUUAACAGCAGCAGCUAAAGCUCCACAAAACUAAUUAGGAAAGUUGCUGAGGACACAACACAUGGGAGAAAAGAGUGUGUGCACUUUCUCUCUGACAGCUUCCCUGAUGUCUUCUUGUUCCCUCACAGCGGAGGCAAGUUCAGAGCGCCAAUCUUCUACCCUCACAAGUAUAACUGGAAUCCUUAGAAUUUUUAACUUAAACACUGUUUCAGAUCAGUAGAUGGCACACUGUAAAUAAAGGUGAAAUCUAUUUAUUUCUGUACAAAUGCAUUUUAAUGUUAAGUCUUUCUAACCUAUGCUUUAAAAGAAUAAUUUAUUUUGUUUUUCUCAGAUGUAAUGGCAGUACACUCCCAUCUCUGAGCUCAGAUUAGCAUCGCUGUGUUCUGUUACAGGACACACAGAUCCACAGUAUUCAUGGUGGUCCUCAUUUCAGUUUGAAUUGUCUUGUAAUGAAGAAAUGUUUUUCACACAGUAGUGCCAACCAGUGACUGCUUUCUAGUCACAAAAACAGGUCUGGCCUCUUACUGUGGUUAUUGUUGCAUUCUUUUGUGUUUAUCAGUUAAUCGAAAGCAUUAUCUACCACGGAUACUGUGGACUGUUACAACCAUAGACUGUACGAAAGAAGAUAGACACGGUCUGUGGUUACAACCAAAACAAAAUGGCCUUGAAACUAAAGCCAUUUAAUAUCCACUCAGUAACACUCUUAUUUUUUUAAUUAGUGCGUCAUUAGAUUGCCAUUAUCUUGUUUUUUUGUUUUAUUUCAAGUGUUAAUUUAAACUGAGGUAAGACUUGUUGGAGUAAAUACUUUUGAGAGUAAAUUAUUUCAGAUUAGAAUGAGGGUGUAAAAUAGUUCAUAAAAUGUUUCACAUAAAAUGUCUUUUGUAAUGGGAAUGAUUCUUGAUGUAAAAGCAGUAAUUUUAGAACAAAUAGACAUACAUGAAUAGUUUGUACACACAGUUUAAAGCUUGUUUCCGUAGCUUCUUUCGUCUCCUUUGCUGCCAGCGUUAAGAUGCCAUGUCUUAAUUCUUAAUGCAGAUCAAGCAGAGGUGGCAAGCACAGCAAAGACGCGCUCCAAUCUCUCGCCAAAUGUACCUCAGUGGCUGAAAAGAGAUUAUCCAACACUUGAGCGUGCAUGGCCACCCAAACACACACACGCACUCUACACCCACAGGUUCAGCUUUUCAUUCUCUGUGAGCUGUCAAAAUGGCUGAGAAUAACCUAACCCAGCUGACACUAAAAGGACUUCACUGCAUACUUGAAUUUUCACCUCAACAUCCUCAAAGACAGCUGGGAAUCAGAGGUUUUUUACAUCAGUCACUUAAGCUAUGAACAGAGUCUCGAUGAAGCAGGUUUUUCUCAGUAUUCACUGUGAGCUUGUCUUGUAUUUUGUUAUCUUUCAUUCAUUUUGUCAACCUUCUUUUACAUUUUGUGUAUUAAGUUGACACAUUUGUUUCCCUUUAGUUCUUUUGUCCUUGUAGUUUUUAAACUUGAUAGCUUUAUUUGCCUUUUUUAGAUUUUUAUUUCUAGGUUAUAAAAUUCCCUAAAUUGAUUGUUGUAAGAGUCCCAUGUUGUACAUAGAACAGUGUAAAAAAAAAACUAAUACUGCAUUAAAAAAAAACGUUUGCAGA